AUGGACAAGGGGCAGCUUUACAUCCUUCAUGGCGUUAUCAGCGGAGGAAUCAAGGCUGCAAUCUGGGUUGCUAAAGAGACGUUUCCAAACGCGGACGUGCAAGGAUGUGCUUUCCAUUUGGCGCUAGCAUGGAACCGCAAAGCUGGAGAUUUAGGGCUUAGGCAGCUCAUUAAGGGACGAAGAAGAUUGGGGCAAGUGCCUGCCCUUCAAUCUCUGCCGGUAAACCUAGGCCAUCCUGUUUAUGAGCCUUGCAAUAAAUUUUUGACAUAUUUGCGUAAUAUAUGGUUUACUGGUGUUUUUCAGGAUAUGUGGUGCAAAUGGAACCUACAGGAAUUGCGCAUAACCAACAUAGCUGAAGCUUUUCAUAGCAAGCUUCGUAGCAUAUUGUCAAGGCAGAUCAAUCCCCCCUUCGAGGAGCUUCUGGAAUGCUUCAGGGAGCAGCACACAUUAGCCUUGGCCAAAGUGCUACACGCGAAUGAGAAUAAUGCUGCCGCCAAACACCUGCGGAGAAGGGAUAGGCUCAGGCGGUAUAAAAAUAAUGCUACAAUGGAAGAGUUUAGGAUGGAGCUCUAG